GAAAUAUUCUGAAGAUUUGAAGUCUGAAUGUGUGAGUACUCAGAGAGGGAGCUGAGUCAGAGCUGAUUCACCUGUUACUGGCCUGAAGGACUAAAAGGAUGGUGGUCCACACUGAUGUGGAAGGCACACAGAAGGGAGAAGAGUAGUACGGCUGCAGCAAACCAAAGCUCAUAUCCCAAGGAGAGGUCACCUUUUCGAGAAGAUGGUUCUUCAUUUGAAUUGCUUUUUUGGCUUCUCUGUUGUACUUCUAUACCAUUGGAUGGGGUCAACUUUACCUUUGAAUCUUGAGGAUCCAAAUGUGUGUAGCCACUGGGAAAGUUAUUCAGUUACAGUGCAAGAGUCAUAUCCACAUCCUUUUGAUCAAAUUUACUACACCAGUUGUACUGACAUCCUAAACUGGUUCAAGUGCACGCGACACAGAAUCAGUUACCGUACCGCCUACAGACAUGGUGAAAAGACAAUGUACAGACGUAAAUCCCAGUGCUGUCCUGGAUUUUAUGAGAGCAGGGAAAUGUGUGUCCCUCACUGUGCUGAUAAAUGUGUCCACGGUCGGUGUAUUGCUCCAAACACCUGUCAGUGCGAGCCUGGCUGGGGAGGACCCAACUGCUCCAGUGCAUGUGACAGUGACCACUGGGGACCUCACUGCAGCAGCCGUUGCCAGUGCAAAAAUGGAGCCUUAUGCAACCCCAUCACUGGAGCCUGCCACUGUGCAUCGGGUUUCAAAGGCUGGCGCUGUGAGGAACGCUGUGACCAAGGGACAUAUGGAAAUGAUUGCCAUCAAAAAUGUCAGUGUCAAAACGGAGCCACCUGUGACCACGUGACUGGAGAGUGCAGAUGUCCUCCUGGAUACACUGGUGCCUUCUGUGAGGACCUCUGCCCGCCGGGGAAGCACGGGCGGCAAUGCGAGGAGAGGUGCCCUUGCCAGAAUGGAGGAGUGUGCCACCACGUCACCGGCGAGUGUGCCUGCCCUCCCGGAUGGAUGGGCACGGUCUGUGGUCAGCCUUGUCCUGAGGGUCGUUAUGGGAAAAACUGUUCCCAGGAGUGUCAGUGCCACAAUGGAGGGACCUGUGACUCGGCAACGGGGCAAUGCCAUUGCAGCCCAGGUUACACGGGUGAACGAUGCCAAGAUGAGUGUGCAGUGGGAACCUUUGGAGUACAAUGUGCUGAGACCUGCCAGUGUAUGAACGGUGGGAAAUGCUACCAUAUUAGUGGUGCGUGUCUCUGUGAACCAGGAUAUACGGGAGAGCACUGUGAAACGAGGCUUUGCCCUGAGGGAGUUUAUGGUCUCAAGUGUGACAAAAAGUGUCCCUGUCACUUGCCCAAUACCUGGAGCUGCCACCCUAUGUCUGGGGAAUGCUCCUGCAAGCCAGGCUGGUCUGGGCUCUACUGCAAUGAGACGUGUUCGCCGGGAUUCUACGGCAAGUCUUGUCAGCAGAUUUGCAGCUGCCAAAACGGUGCCGACUGCGACAGUGUGACUGGAAAAUGCAUCUGUGCCCCUGGAUUUAAGGGUGCUGAUUGUGGUACUCCUUGUCUUCCGGGAACAUAUGGAGUAAACUGUUCUUCUGUGUGCAACUGCAAAAAUGAAGCUAUCUGUUCAGCAGUGGAUGGUUCUUGUACCUGCAAAGCGGGUUGGCAUGGUGUAGAUUGUUCGAUAAAUUGCCCCAGUGGUACCUGGGGACUUGGCUGUAACUUGACUUGCCAGUGCCUCAACGGAGGGGCUUGCAAUGCUCUGGACGGAACCUGUACCUGUGCUCCCGGCUGGAGAGGAGAAAAAUGUGAACUCCCUUGCCAGGACGGCACGUAUGGUAUGGAUUGUGCUGAGCGCUGUGACUGCAGCCAUGCAGAUGGGUGUCAUCCUACCACAGGUUACUGCCGCUGCCUACCAGGAUGGUCAGGCAUACACUGUGACAGUGUGUGCGCAGAGGGACAGUGGGGCCCAAACUGCUCGUUGUCUUGUUACUGCAAAAACGGAGCUUCGUGCUCUCCCGAUGAUGGCAUCUGUGAGUGCGCGCCAGGAUACAGAGGCACCACUUGUCAGAGAAUUUGUUCCCCUGGGUUUUAUGGACACCGUUGCAGCCAGACAUGCCCCCAGUGUGUGCACAGCAGUGGUCCCUGCCACCACAUUACUGGACUAUGUGACUGCUUACCUGGAUUUACAGGAGCCCUUUGUAAUGAAGUGUGUCCCAGCGGCAGAUUUGGCAAGAACUGCAUUGGAAUCUGCACCUGUACCAAUAACGGCACGUGUAAUCCUAUCGACAGGUCUUGUCAGUGCUACCCUGGCUGGAUUGGUAGUGACUGCUCUCAGCCUUGUCCACCUUCCCACUGGGGUCCCAACUGCAUCCACACGUGCAACUGCCACAACGGAGCUUACUGCAGUGCCUAUGACGGGGAGUGCAAAUGUACCCCGGGAUGGACUGGCCUUUACUGUACCCAAAGAUGUCCCCUAGGGUUUUACGGGAAGGAUUGUGCCUUGAUUUGCCAAUGUCAGAACGGAGCCGACUGCGACCACAUAACGGGGCAGUGUACCUGCCGCACAGGAUUCAUGGGGAAACACUGUGAGCAGAAAUGCCCUCAAGGUACCUAUGGGUAUGGAUGCCGGCAGUUAUGCGACUGUCUGAACAACUCCACGUGUGACCACAUUACAGGAACAUGUUACUGCAGCCCAGGCUGGAAGGGGGCCAGGUGUGAUCAAGCUGGUGUAAUUAUAGUGGGAAACUUGAACAGCUUAAGCCGUACCAGCACUGCCAUCCCUGCUGAUUCGUACCAGAUAGGGGCUAUAGCAGGCAUCAUCAUUCUUGUCCUGGUUGUGCUUUUCCUGCUAGUGCUGUUCAUCAUUUACAGACACAAGCAGAAAGGGAAAGAAACACAUAUGCCCGCAGUGACCUAUACCCCUGCUAUGCGGGUCAUCAAUGCAGAUUACACCAUUGCAGAAACCAUGCCUCAUGGUAACGGUGGAAAUGCUAACAGUCACUACUUCUCCAACCCUAGUUACCAUACUCUAACACAGUGUACCACCCCACCUCAUGUCAACAACAUGGACAGACUGACCCUGGCAAAGUCAAAAAACAACCAGCUGUUUGUCAAUCUUAAAAAUGUGGAACCUGGAAAACGAGGCACCGUCAUGGACUACACGGGAACGCUGCCUGCAGACUGGAAACACGGUGGUUACCUCAAUGAGCUUGGUGCUUUUGGACUUGAUAGGGGAUAUUUGGGAAAAUCCCUGAAAGAUCUGGUGAAGAACUCAGAAUACAAUUUAAGUAAUUGCUCUUUAAGUAGUUCUGAAAACCCAUAUGCUACUAUAAAAGACCCACCAGCUCUUGUACCAAAAAAUUCAGAAUGUGGAUACGUUGAAAUGAAGUCACCAGCACGCAGGGAUUCCCCAUACGCCGAAAUUGCCAACUCGGCUUCAGCCAAUAAGAAUGUUUAUGAAGUUGAACCUACGGUGAGUGUUGUCCAGGGAGCGUUCAGUAACAGUGGACAUUUCAGCCAGGAUCCUUAUGAUCUUCCAAAAAACAGCCACAUUCCAUGUCAUUAUGACUUGCUACCAGUGCGAGAUAGCCCCACGUCCUCUACGAAGGAGGUCGGCAGCGAAUGACCCUGAAAGCUAAUGUGUAGCACAGUGGGACUCUCGAGGAGAACAGUGGCGUGGUUUAUGCCCUUUCCUCUAAUUUACCAUCAUAUUUGGCUCCUAAUCUGUCCAGUAGACAAUUGCUAUACAUUAACCGGGAAUCUCAAGAUGAGGUUUGUAUUGUAUGUACAAGGGACAGAUGGACAGAUGCUGCAUAGGAGAUCCUGAUCAGUGGGGGUUUUUUUGUUUGUUUUUUGGGAUUUUUUUGGCAGCAGUUAAUUUUAUAGAGACAGGUAUGCAGCACAUUUACACUGUAAUCUGCUGGCUUAAAAAUAGUAGUUUGCAGAUCAAUUCUGGUAACAGCUCUCGUUUCAGCUACUUUAAAUAUGGACUUCAUGUUUGUGAUUUACUUUGUCAUGUUUCAGAGUAGAAAUACUCCCAGGACAGUGCAGUUUACCAAAUGCCACUUUGUACAGGUGAUCUGAUUCCUAGUUACAUAGAAGAAAAACUGUGUUGCCAAAACUUACCUUCCAUUCUGAUCUUUAGUCAAGACAUUAAGUAACAAGAUCUGAUGGGAUAUAGCAAGGCCCAAUACUGCAAUUGUUUGGGAAAACUAUCAUCAGAUUUUGGUCUGUUACUGGUUACGGGAAUACCUUGCUUUUGAAUAGUUUUGAAGAUGAUAAAAGCAUUACAUACGUCAGUAUUAUGUGAUGCCUCAAGGUCACUGGGUUCUCUAGGCCCAGCACCAGUCCUCAGCAAAUCAUUUGCUACGUUUCAAAUCCAUAUGUUGCAGUUCUGACCACUGUUUCUGCCAUAUACAACCAAUAAUGCAUAACAUAUCAGUAACUACUUCGUAAAAUAUGUAAAAUAAAUCAGUUUAUUUUUGUCGGCAUGGACUGAGAGUGAAAGGACAAAGAUGAUGAACGCUGUAAAUCUGAAGUGCAAGGAAAGGUUUAAAUUUUAUAAACAGGUAGUAAUAUGGACUGUAAUAUAGGAUAAAAAUAGUAAAAUGUUCUGUUUUUUUUUUCUUCGAAACAACUAAGCAAUCUCUGUGCAUAUUUGCUGAAAAGGAACAUUUUCUUUUUU